AUGCACAUGACACUUCGAGUGAACAUGCCUUUUUCUGAAGUUCUUGAUAAUAUACCUGCUUAUGCAAAGUUCUUGAAGGAGAUAGUGUCUCCUAUAAAGAAGUUAGAAGACUUGGCAGAGGUGUCUCUUACUAAGGAAUGCAGUGCAGUACUACAAAAUCGUCUUCCUAUCAAGAUGAAAGAUCCAACAAGUUUUACUGUGCCUUGCCAAUUUGAACAUAUUCUUGUUGAUAAAUGUUUGUGCGACCUUGGAUCUAGUGUUAAUUUGAUGCCUCUAUCAUUUUUUAGGAAAUUGAAGUUUGCCAAUUUGGGGCCUACUCAAGUGAUUCUACAACUGGUUGAUCAUUUAGUAUGUUAUCCUGUUGGUAUUGUAGAAGAUUUGUUAGUUAAAGUCAGUAAAUUUUAUUUUCCUCCUGAUUUUCUUGUUCUUGACAUAGAGAAAGAUAUUUCUGUGUCAAUUAUCCUUGGUAGAGGGUUCUUAGCUAUGGGGGAAGCUAAUAUAGACUUAUUAAAAGGGAAAUUGACUUUAAGGGUUGGUAAAAAGAAAGAAGAAUUUAAUAUCUUUGAACCCUUAAAAUACUCUUCAUAUGAGGGGUCUUGUUCCUAUAUCAUUGCUUCUAAUGAUUUGCAUGCUGAAAAAUAUGUAGUAGAGCAGGAUGUAGAGGUCAUCCCUUUGCAAAAUCAUCGUGCAUAUUCUUCUUCAAUAGUUGCACAAUGGAGAUGCGAAAAAUCAUGCAAAAUUGUAGGCACACAAUAA